CCCUCAACCAUCCAACUCUGCCCUGAAACCGAAAAAAAAAAAAAAACCUCGUCAUGCGCAGAAGGCGCACGGGAACGCAAGACAACCUCCCAACAUUAAUGCUGCAAAGGAUUACGUUUUCUUAAUGUGGAUGUAUGAUAGACGGCGGUCCGUUAAUUUUGCUGCACUGACGAUGAGGAUGCGACAACAAAGACACAGUUACUGGAUUUACUUUGCUUUGCUUUGUUUUCAUGGCUCGUCCGCUUCGCAAUUGUCCUACUCCGUUAACGAGGAGGCGAACAAAGGUUUCGUGGUGGGCAACAUCGCCAAGGAUUUAAACCUCAACGUGCAUGAUUUGGACACCAGAGAUCUGCGUGUGGUUUCCAGCUACAGUAAAGAGUAUUUCAAUGUGAAUUUACAGAGCGGUAACUUAUUUGUGAAAGAAAGAAUAGACAGGGAGGAGCUCUGUCCGAACGUGGCAAAAUGUAUGUUGAGGAUACAAGCUGUGUUAAACAACCCGAUGACGGCACACCGCAUUGAGAUCAUAAUUUUGGAUAUAAAUGACAAUUCACCAGCUUUUAUAGAAAAUACAUACUCGUUGGACAUUUUUGAGUCCGCUUUACUAGGGGAGCGGUACCUCCUCCCGGUGGCUGUGGACGCAGAUUUCGGCAGUAAUUCAGUGAGGAGUUACAAGAUAAGCAACAAUGAAUAUUUUACCCUGGAUGUGCAGAGCGGAGGUGAUCACGGUGUGUCUGCAGAAUUGGUGCUGCACAAAUCUUUAGAUCGAGAAAAACAGUCACUCAUUACGCUCACGCUCACUGCUGUCGACGGCGGUAAACCUCCGAAAUCUGGCUCGUUGCAAAUACGCGUGAAUGUGCUCGAUGUUAACGACAACGUUCCCACGUUUACUAAAUCGCUUUAUAAAGUGCGUUUGAGCGAAGAUGCCACGCAGGGCUCAGUCGUGAUUAAAUUAAAUGCAACGGAUUUAGACGACGGCAUGAACAGUAAGAUCACGUAUUCCUUUAUUAAACGGGGCAACAAUGAUCCAUCAAAUGUGUUUAAUCUAAAUGCAGAAACGGGGGAAAUCACUGUGAAAGGUACUUUAAAUUAUGAAGAGACUCCUGCUUAUGAAGUCAGGAUACAAGCAAUGGAUCAAGGUACUGUUCCUCGUAGUGCACUUGCUAAAUUGCUAAUAGAAGUAAUAGAUGUGAAUGACAAUGCCCCUGAAAUAACGGUGACGUCACUGAUGACGCCAGUCAAAGAAAAUGCUGACUUGGGAACAAUUGUUGCUUUGGUCACAGUGAGUGAUAAGGAUGGUGGGAACAACGGUGUAACCAACUGUAAGGUUGUUGGAUCUGUUCCCUUUAAACUGAAAUCUAACUACAAAAAUGAUUAUUCUUUAGUAGUUGAUGGAGCAUUAGACAGAGAAAACGUCUCUCUUUAUAAUGUCUCCAUCUUAGCCACAGAUGACGGAAGUCCCCCUCUGUCCACCAAAACGAUCAUUAAUGUUCAUAUUUCUGAUGUUAACGAUAAUGCACCUCGUUUUAUGGAACCUGUUAUUAACGUGUACGUCAAAGAAAAUACCCCAAGUGGAUAUUCGCUUUGUUCCAUAAAUGCAGUUGAUCCUGAUUUGGACGCAAAUGCAAAAGUUUCAUACACGUUGUUAGAUAAUGCUCCAAGGAAUAUUCCAAUUCCAUCACUCCUUAACAUCAACUCAGAGAGUGGAGACAUUGUCAGUUUGCAAUCUUUUGACUAUGAGCAGUUAAAGACGUUUCAGUUUAAAGUUCAGGCCACAGACUCUGGUGUUCCUCCGCUCAGCAGCAACGUGACAGUCAAUAUUUUUAUCCUGGAUGAGAACGACAACAGUCCGGCCAUUUUGGCUCCCUAUUCUGAGCAUGGCUCCGUCAACAGCGAGAGCAUCCCCUAUUCUGCUGAGGCGGGAUACUUUGUGGCCAAAAUCAGGGCAGUGGAUGCAGACUCUGGCUACAAUGCGUUGCUUUCCUAUCACCUGUCUGAGCCCAAAGGCAACAACAACCUCUUCCGGAUCGGAACCAGCACCGGGGAGAUUCGCACCAAGAGACGAAUGAGUGACAAUGACCUGAAAAGUCACCCCUUGGUGGUGUCGGUGUGUGAUAACGGAGAAGCCUCCCUGUCAGCGACUGUGUCUCUUGAUGUGGUGGUGCUUGAAAGCACAGCUGACAUCCACCACACUCAGUUCAGACACGUGCCCAUCAAGGAGGAGAGCUUCUCCGACUUGCACUUGUACCUGCUCAUUGCCAUUGUGGCCGUGUCGCUGGUCUUCCUGCUCAGCCUGGUCACUUUAGUGGUCUUCAGAUGCCACAGACAGACAGACGGACAUUUCGACAGGUACGGCGCCCCUAUGAUCACCACCCACCCUGACGGGAGCUGGUCUUACUCCAAAGCGACUCAGCAGUACGACGUGUGCUUCAGCUCAGACACGCUCAAGAGUGACAUGGUGGUAUUUCCCACGCCCUUUCCGCCUGUAGAAGCAGAACUGAUCAGUAUUAACGGAGGAGACACCUUUACCAGGACUCAAACGCUUCCUAACACUGAGAAGGUAGGCUGA